AGCAGAUGUCUAGAAUAUAAUCAAAAUCCUGAGAAUUAUAUUUGACUCUAUCCUCUGGUCUGAUCUUCUUCUAUAGUACGUAUAUAUAUAUCAUAUUCAUUCCAUAUAUAUAUAUAUGUCGAAUUCUGGCAUUCAUGGACGUCUCCUCGAACUCACUGUUGUUAGCUGUAGCAGACUAAAGAACACGGAGUGGAUUUCUAGGCAAGAUCCUUACGUUUGUCUCGAUUACGCCACCACCAAAUACCGUACUAAAACCUGCACAGAUGGAGGGAAAAGCCCCAUAUUUCAGGAGAAAUUCGUGUUCACGCUGAUUGAAGGGCUGAGAGAGAUGAACGUGGCGGUCUGGAACAGCAAUACGCUAUCUUCCGACGACUUCAUCGGCGGUGGAAAGAUUCUACUGCACAAAGUUAUCUCCCAGGGAUACGACGAUAGUUCUUGGCCGCUACUAACCAAGUCCGGCAAGAAUGCCGGAGAAGUCCGGCUAAUAAUGCACUAUUCUAAUGCAGCUUCCACGUCUCCUUUCUCAUCAGCUCCGGCGGCGCCGCCAGUUUAUUCUCCGUUCCGCCCUCAUUCCACAGCAUAUCCGUCAUCGUUAGCUCCCUAUCCUCCUCCGCCUGCCGCCGCUUAUCCUCCUCCGCCUUACGCCGCCACCUCUUCCUCAUACUAUCUCACACCAUAUCCGCCCUUCCAACACCAUUCAUCGUCGUCGUUAUAUCCUCCCGCGCCAUAUACCGGAAGCUAUCCACCACCGCAUUACUAUGGAUAGAUGAAGCAAGAUUGUUCAUAUAUAUAAGCAUCUCAUCUAUUGCCGGCAUUUAUAUAUAAUUAUUGUUGCAUUAAUGAAUGCAUGGAUUCAUUGCUUGUGACUGCAUAUUAUAUUCGCAGCCCUAUGUAGCUAAAAAUUAAUGAAAUAAUGUGUUUUUAUAGCUUUUAU